AUGAAUGGAGCUCUCAGAUGUUGUUUUCAGACUCGUGCAUCGUGAACGAGCUGCCCGUGCUCCCUGCAGCUCGCCUCGACGGCAGUUUGACCCUCGUCGACCCUCCGAGCCCCGACAGUGAUCUGCUGUACCCAGAUCUCCAGCUGACCGAGGAGGAACAGAAGCUGCUGAGCCAGGAAGGAGUUUCUCUGCCCAACAACCUCCCCCUCACCAAGGCUGAGGAAAGAAUCCUGAAGAGAGUUCGGAGAAAGAUCCGCAACAAGCAGUCGGCUCAGGACAGCCGGCGGAGGAGGAAGGAGUACAUCGACGGGCUGGAGAGCAGGUCUCUGCUGGCUCAGCUGCGACAGCUUCAGUCUCUGAUUAAACAGACGGUCAGUAAAGGAGCCCAGACCAGCACCUGCUUACUGAUCAUCCUGGUCUCUCUGGGUCUGAUCAUCAUGCCGAGUUUCAGUCCGUUCAGCCGCAACUCGUCCGCAGACGACGACUACAGACCCACAGGAGUUAUCUCCAGAAACAUCCUGACUGACCCCUCCUCCUCCUCCCAGCCCGCAGCAGACGGCGCCGACGGUCCAGCCGUCCAGUCCGACUCUGCGUCACCGCCCUCUGAGCUCAGCCAAUCGGGACCUCCGGAUGGCGCCGCCGUCCUCCAGGAACCGAUAGAAAACCCUGAAAAUACGGGCUUUGACGGGGCGGCCCAAGAGGGGAGCCGAUCGGGGAACAGCUCAGCUCUUGUUGCCGGGCAGACCGAACCUCUGGCGCUGCGUCUGAGCUCGGCGGCGGGGAAAGGAAGCCGCGAUCCCGCCAAACCUGCACACGCUGACGAGAUGUAGGCGAACUGCUCGUCAGGACACAUUCGCCGUUUUCUUCUCGUCUGGAACCUCUUCGAGGAUCCGCGGAUUCACGUUUCAGAAACCUUUUUGUUUCUGGACGAUUCUGAACCUCUCGGGGUCCGUUCAGCUCACAACUCACCUGAGAUGGAUCCAUAUUUUGGGAUGUUGUAGAAUUUGUUCUAAUGUAAUGAUAUUCCCACGGCACUCUGGCACCUCAAUGAUAAAAUGGACAACUCAGUUUGGUUUCAUUUUUUGCUCAUUAAAUCCAAAAUACUGCGUGUGUUUGAUUUGAGCUGUUCCUGUUAGUUGCCAGAAAAGCUAACGAGUUGGUUUUACAGGUACGGUUGGUUUUAUUUCCAUUGUGAUCAGUUAAUUUUUCACUUUUUAAGGGAUUUUUCAGACAGAUUGUGACGUUUUUUUAAGGCCCAGUUCACUCUGCCAUAACCCAACACCGCUUCAUUACCUGCUGACCGGACGUCUGCCUCUCCGCCUUUGUGGCCUUUUUCACCCCUUAUAUUAUGGUUACAGGGUUCGUACAAAGUCUUCAUCAAAGUUUGGAAGAUGUUUAAUUCUAACUGUUGUGUUUUAACGGUUGGGAAUAUGCUUGAAUUGUAAUAUACUCCUUAUAAAAUGAUUGAUUUUCAACAUAA